AACUCAAACUCUAGAUGUCGGGACAGACGCGAUAUUUGUUGUUAAUAUAAAAGACAAUUGAGCGAACAAGACUGUCUUUUCAGAUUUCUGUUCUGCCAUUCGUCUCCUCGUUAAAAGCUGUUCCAAACCAGGAACCCCUAAUCUCACUUGCAGUGCCCUAGCGAAAACCUUGUCUUAUUUCUCGGAAUGGUGGCGUACAAAGACCCAAAGCUCAAAAGGCUAGUCGACUCCAAAAUGACUACCUAAAUGGACAGCAUCAAAAGUUUUGCGGUCGAGAAUGGAGCCGACGACGAGUUUCUCUUUCUCAACUACGCCGACCUUAGCCAGAACCCUCUGGGAAGCUAUGGCGACAAAGACAUUGCGUUCAUGGAGAAGGUUGCGAGCAAAUACGACCCGAACGGAGUGUUUCAACGAAAUGUGCCUGGAGGAUUCAGGUUGUCAAUUGCUCGAACAACUGCGUGUUUGAGGUGAAAAAGCAAUAAGGCGGCCGAAACAGAAAAUCAUUCGGCUGAAAAUUAUAACGCCUUGAUAAGCAGCAACGAUGAUUCCGCAGAAGAGACCUCCAGUCCAAAGAGCACCGGGCGCUCUUGAACAUCAUUAACAAACUCCGCUCCCACGGCAUUGGAUAGGUCGUCGACCUUCCCGAAAUAAUCGUUUGCGGAAAUCAAUCGGCCGGCAAAAGCUGGGUGCUUAAGGCUAUUUCAGGUUACCCAUUUCCUACCAACAAUGGUCUUUGCACCCGAUUCGUAACAGAGCUGGUCCUCCGAUGGAUCAUAUUAACAAGUUUAACAAUAUUCGAUAUUUCACGACCCGCUGCCCUGGCCACGUGAGGGGGGUUGCAGGCGCGAUAUUGUGUACUACGCAUGCGGCGUAAAAAGAGUGCUAAGGAUCUUGCAGGGCAAGAAUUUACAAGAUCUUAUGGAUUAAGCUGUUCUGACUGUUGUUAAAACUCUCUUUAACCAAAAAGUCCAGCAAAAUAAAAAUACAAAAUUUACAAAAAGG